GCUGUCUGUCCUUCAGAGGAUUUCAGACAGUCUAAAUAAUGUCUGUGUCUAUAUAAUGUGUGUUUCUCCAGGAGAGCAUCGUGUGGUGUGUCCGACUCUGGUCGAGGCAGUAGAAGGUGAUGCUGUUACUCUGGGGGGUUCUCUGAGUCCUCCGCUCAACUUGACUCCUUACACGUUGGAUCUGAAGAGACUUGACCUCCGUGACGAUCUGGUCCACGUCUACCGACAUGGACAGGACCAUUUCCCUCCACAGAGUCAUCACUACAGAGGCAGAACAACUCUGAUCCAUGAGGACCUGAUCGGAGGAACCGUGACGCUGCACAUCUCCUCAGUAAAUCUGUCUGACUCUGGACCGUACCAAGUCUACGUCCCAGACCUGAAAGCCCGCUGUGAAUUUUACCUCACUGUUGAAAGAAAAGCGAACGGGACAAAGAGAAAUGAUUUCAGCACAUCUGGACCUCCAGUGGGAGAAGAGACCGAGUCAGACCAUCGGGGGGAUGGUGAGAACAGGAAGACUGCCCGUGCUGUUAUCCUUCCCUCUCUUCUCCUCCUCGGGACUCUCCUGGUUCUGGUUCUGGUUCUGAUGAGAGGAGAGAUCAAGAGUUGCAUCGAGAGGCUCAGAGGAAGGAAGGAGCAAGAACCAGAGACAGCAGGGAAUGGAUGUGAGAUGAAAAACCUGAACAUGGAAGCAGCAAAAGGAGAUGAAGACCUGGAGAGAGCUGCAGGAAAUGGAAACGUCUUACUGUAGGAAACCUCGUCUGAGAGCUUGAAUUCAAUUUCAUUUAUAGUAUCAAAUCAUAACAAGAGUUAUCUCAGGACACUUUACAGAUAGAGUAGGUCUAGACC